CACACCCACUGUGACGUGACGCCACUGAAAGCCGAGUGGAAGGUGAGAGUCUUCUUACAUCCAGUUAGCUUGCUGCUCAGGUGACAACUCCCUGCCGCUACAGCCGUCUUUAAAAGAAGACAUGUCGGUGUUUUGUGACGUGCAGCAAGCAGCCCCCGUUGCUGUCUUUAAACUUACGCAGGACUUCAAUAACGACCAGUUUCCAAAUAAGGUGAACCUCGGAGUGGGAGCGUACAGGACCGAUGAAGGCAAGCCGUGGGUUUUACCGGUGGUGAAAAAGGUGGAGAAGCUUAUCGUUCACGACGACAGGCUAAACCACGAGUACCUGCCCAUCCUGGGCCUCCCUGAGUUCAGAUCCUCCUCCUCCAAGAUUGUACUGGGAGACGACAGCCCUGCCAUUCGGGAGGACAGGGUGGGCGGUGUCCAGUGUCUUGGUGGUACCGGUGCAUUGAAGAUGGGUGCAGAGUUCCUGAGGCGAUUCUACAAUGGGAGCAACAACACUAAAACACCCGUCUACGUGUCCGCACCUACUUGGGAAAAUCACAACGCCGUGUUCAGCAGUGCUGGUUUUGAGGACGUGCGCCCAUACAAAUACUGGGACGCAGAGAAGAGAGGUCUCGAUUUGUCAGGUUUUCUCAGGGACUUGGAGAGUUGUCCAGAGCGCUCCAUCUUUGUCCUACAUGCUUGUGCCCAUAAUCCCACUGGAACGGACCCCUCGCAGGAGCAAUGGAAGCAGAUAGCUGAAGUCAUGAUGAGGCGAAAACUGUUUGCGUUCUUUGACUCGGCCUAUCAGGGAUUUGCCUCGGGUAACCUUGACAAAGACGCUUGGGCUGUCUGCUACUUUGUCUCCAUGGGCAUUGAAAUGUUCUGCGCUCAGUCUUUCUCAAAGAACUUCGGACUCUACAAUGAGCGUGUGGGUAACCUGACAAUCGUGGCACGGGAUGCAGAUAACCUGAAGAGAGUUCUCUCCCAGAUGGAGAAGAUUGUCAGGACCACCUGGUCCAACCCACCGUCUCAGGGUGCUCGCAUUGUCGCAAUCACGCUUAACUCACCGGAGCUGUUUUCUGAGUGGAAGGACAACGUGAAGACAAUGGCUGACAGAGUCUUACUGAUGAGGGCUCAGCUUAAAGCCAAGCUCCAGUCUCUGGGAACUCCAGGGACCUGGGACCACAUCACAGACCAGAUCGGCAUGUUCAGCUUCACAGGCCUCAACUCUAAACAAGUAGAAUACAUGGUGAAGGAGAAGCAUGUCUAUUUAAUGGCCAGUGGUCGCAUCAACAUGUGUGGUUUGACCAGCAAGAACAUCGACUAUGUGGCGGAGUCCAUCCAUGAGGCUGUUACUACGGUGCAGUAGGAUGCUCUCGCAGCUCUCGGCACUUCCAGAGAUGGUGGUUCUCCCACAGAUUUUUUGUUAUCUGUAACAAAAUGAGGAUUUUGUUUCUGAAUUUUAAUUUACUGUGUUAAAACAAGUUAAGCAACUCCUGAAUAGGGAUGCUUCUGUGCAGGUAGUUUUUGUCCUUUCGUACAACGGACAUGUUGUUAUAAAUCACGUUCUUUGUUUUGUUCCACGUGUUAAUUUUGUUGUUUGUCUUUGUGUCAUCGGAAAAGCUUGUCUGUGUUUUACCACAGUUUCUCGAGCUUCCUUCUUCUCCACGUGUGAAAAAGGUUAAAUUGGUCCUUCAAAGGACCAAUUUAAUUUAUAAUUCAGCUGCUAAGAACGACUGAUGGAAAAUUAUAGCUGGAUGAAACUUCAACUAUUGUUCUCAGGAAUGCAUUUCACUUUUAACUAUGUAAUUUAUUAAUACCCUGUGGAAUUAUAACUAUUUUCUUGUUUAAAACCUGUGUGUGUGUGUGUGUGUAGUAUUUCUUACCAGUUCCAGUCAGCACAAGCAGCAUCGAUCAGUCCUGACGGGUGUCGCAACUACAGGGAAAUGUGUGCUCAGUCCUACAGGCUCCGUCUUGAUAUUUCCGAUCCUGUCAGGUUCCUGCCUGUUAUUGUUGACCCUCCGACUAGCUCUUGUGCAAGAGUUGCUGCUCGAAAAUAAUACUAAUGAUCAACCAGCCUGCUAUCACAUCUCUAUGUACAGAACACUUGCAAACAGACUGAUAAGCAAUUUAAUUGAGGCUGAAAGAGUUGAUUGGAAGCUGGUUAUUUCCAAUAAAGACUUAUGAGUAUUA